AAAUUGAAAAAAAAAAUCUACAAAAAUAAUAUUUUAACAAAAAGAUAAAAAGGGAAUAGUACAAAAAUUUCUGGUUGUAUGAGGAGAAUAUCCACUUUCUUUUGCCAGCCUUUGGGGAAUGUUUUAUAAAUUAGGGUUGUAUGGAAAAAUGGAGAAGACAACUUUUUCAGCCCGAAUCCACUUUUCUUGCUCGGUGUUUCGUUGAAAGGCAAAACGAUGAAGCUGAAGCAAUUGGAAAGCCUUCUCGGUGACCUUGAGCAAUUCUCUAACCCAAAGGUGGAACUGGAACAAUACCCAACUGGACCCCACAUUGCUUCUCGCAUGCUAUACACUGCAGAGAGUUCAUAUGGGGAUGUGAGCGGCAAGGUAGUGGCUGAUUUUGGUUGUGGUUGUGGUACGUUAGGUGCUGCAGCUGCUUUAUUGGGUGCUGAACAUGUGAUUGGCAUCGAUGUUGAUCCUGAAUCUCUUGAAAUUGCAUCACUAAAUGCAGAGGAUCUUGAGUUGGACAUAGAUUAUAUUCAGUGUGAUCUCAGGAACUUAGGAUGGAGAGGUCAAGUUGUUGACACUGUCGUAAUGAACCCUCCUUUUGGUACCCGGAAAAAGGGUGCAGAUAUGGAUUUUCUCUGUGUGGCUUUGAAGGUUGCUACUCAAGCAGUUUAUUCCCUGCAUAAGACCUCAACAAGAGAUCAUGUCAGGAGGGCAGCAUUGCGAGACUUCAAUGCUAGCAGUGCUGAGGUUUUAUGCGAGCUUCGAUAUGAUGUACCACAGCUAUAUAAGUUUCAUAAGAAAAGAGAGGUCGAUAUUGCUGUGGAUCUCUGGCGAUUUGUACCCAAAAAGUAAUCAGGGAAUGGGGUAUUGCAUAUCAUUCUUGAAUGUAAAGUUUUGACAUGAAUAUAUAUGUAUUCCUAUUCUGAUUUUAUUGGAUUGCUCUGA